AUUAUUAAUUGUCUCUUUUUCCCUCCUGUUCUCCCUCGGCUUGUAUAGAAUAUAUCGUCCUUCAAUUAUCAUACCCAGUCAGAAUGGCCGCACGCCUUGCGUCGCGCAGGGUCGCCUGCCCUGCGGUUGUUGUAUCGCGAUCGCGCCAAUACCUCCCAGCCCCAACUCCGAUAGCAGCAGCAGCAACAACAACAACAACAUCAAUUCUACGCAAAUCCUGGUCUCUCGCACAGCGCACAUACAUCACCACCACGCCUCUAUUUUCCCAACCGCUUGCCCCCAAGAUCGUUCGCGGUGAAUCAAAGCUCUGGCCAUCUGCCGACGAUGCGGUCGCCGACCUCCAAUCUGGAUCGACAAUUCUCUCAGCGGGGUUUGGGCUCUGCGGCGUCGCCGAAACGCUCAUACAGGCGAUUGUUCGUCGCAGCCCCAACCUACACUCAUUAACAGCAGUAUCCAACAACGCAGGCAUCGCCAAUGUCGGCGGCCUAGCUUUGCUGGCCGAUGCGGGUCAAAUCUCACGACUAAUUAUCUCGUACCUGGGGGGCAACAAAACGCUCGAGAAGAAUUAUCUAUCUGGGAAAAUCGCCAUUGAGCUAUGCCCUCAGGGCACCAUCGCUGAACGCCUUCGUGCUGGAGGAGCUGGAAUUCCGGCAUUUUAUACGCCCACGGGAGCCUCGACGUUGUUACAAGAGGGGCAGAUCCCGGUGCGCCUGAGCCCAGAUGGCACAGUACUUGAGCACGGGAAGAAGAGGGAAGUGAGGGAAUUCAAGGGAAGGAAAUUCCUUAUGGAGGAGGCGAUAACCGGGGAUGUGGCCAUUUUACGGGCAUGGAAGGUUGAUGAAGCUGGGAAUUGUGUCUUCAGAUAUACAACCAAAGCCUUUGGCCCGAUCGUAGCCAAAGCUGCAACAUUGACUAUCGUCGAAGCAGAGGAGAUCGUGCCCGUUGGGUCUAUUGACCCCAACGACGUUGACUUGCCUGGGAUUUUCGUCGAUAGAAUUGUGCCCGCGACGGCCGAGAAAAAUAUUGAAAUUAGGAAGAUACGGACCCCAGAUGACAACGCGUCUGCCCAGAAAGAGACUUCCCCUGCGAUUGUGGCCAGAAACAGAAUUGCCAAGCGCGCUGCUAAGGAGCUCAAGCAGGGAUAUUACGUUAAUUUGGGAGUGGGCAUUCCCACUUUGGCGCCUUCUUAUUUACCAGAAGGGCAGCAGGUUUGGGUACAGAGUGAAAAUGGUAUUUUGGGGAUGGGGCCAUAUCCCACUGAAGACGAGGUUGAUGCUGAUAUCAUUAACGCCGGCAAGGAAACCGUAACGCUUAUCCCCGGGGCAUCAACCUUUGACAGUUCCGAGUCCUUUGGCAUGAUUCGUGGAGGCCAUGUAGAUGUUUCUAUUCUAGGGGCGCUCCAAGUCGCGGCUAAUGGCGACCUCGCAAACUACAUGAUCCCCGGCAAAGUAUUCAAAGGCAUGGGCGGCGCGAUGGAUCUUGUCUCGAACCCAACCAACACCAAAGUCGUGGUCGCGACGAGCCACGUUGCCAAAGAUGGAUCGUCGAAGAUCGUGCAAAAGUGCACUUUGCCAUUGACGGGAGCAAACUGUGUGAGCACUAUCAUCACUGAUCUGUGCGUGUUUGAAGUAGACAGGGAACAUGGCGAGUUGACUCUGACGGAGCUGGCACCGGGCGUCGAUGUCGCCGAGAUUAGGGCAAAGACUGAUGCUGAUUUCCACAUUGCCGAACAGCUGGGGACCAUGGAGUAGAUAUGUUCUAACUAUAGAUAUAUACUGUAUAUUAAGAGACGACAAACAAGUCCCAGUCUAACGCUCGGCUGUAAAAACAGCGCCGAAUACAAACGCCACAGGCCUCUUUUUUGUUUUU